GCGAGGCAUGGACAGCGCGGCAGCCUUCGGCAUGGACAAGCAGUUCGGCCCCAGCCCCGGGCGGAUCCUGGAGCCGCCUGACAACCCGCAGGGCAGGAAAAACUUCAGUGUCAGCCACCUCCUGGACCUGGAGGAAGUGGCGGCCGGCAUGAACGGGGGCAAGGAGCCCGGCCCGGAGGCGAGGGACGGCGCGAAGGGGCUGCAGGAGCCGUCCGGCGGCAGCAGCGGCAGCGAGGCGGCCCCCCAGGACAGUGAGAGUCUGAGUCCGAGCCGUGGGGCUGCCAAGCGGAAGAAGAAGCAGAGGAGGAACCGCACCACAUUCAACAGCAGCCAGCUCCAGGCGCUGGAGCGGGUCUUCGAGAGGACGCAUUACCCCGAUGCUUUUGUGCGAGAGGAGCUAGCGCGGCGGGUCAACCUCAGUGAGGCCAGAGUCCAGGUGUGGUUCCAGAACCGAAGGGCCAAGUUCCGUCGCAACGAGCGGGCGAUGCUGGCCAACAGGUCCGCAUCGCUCCUCAAAUCCUAUAGCCAAGACGCAGCCAUUGAACAGCCGAUGGCCCCCAGGCCGACUGCCUUGAGCCCAGAGUAUCUCUCCUGGACCACCACAUCCCCAUACAGCACUGUGCCAUCCUACAGCUCAAGCGGCACCGCGACGCCCGCCCAGGGGGUGAACAUGGCAAACAGCAUCGCCAGCUUACGCCUCAAAGCCAAAGAGUUCAGCCUGCAUCAGAGCCAUGUGCCCACUGUGAACUGACUGCACAUCCCCAGAACCGGGACAAACUACCAAUGUGCCUGCCCUAGGCGGGAGAGCAUCUUCCCGAUCACGAGAGGCCAGCUUGCCGCGCCUGUCCCAGUCUAAACCCAAACCCUUGUGACUCUCAGCCAAUGCCAAGUGCAUCACCAGCACCCCCUUCUUCUCCUGGUCCCUUUUGAAAGCACAGCAAGUCACAAUCCCCUUUGGAAAGUGGUGUGUAAUUGUAGCCACAGACGGCGUGAACUUGGUAAGAAAGUUGCUUUCCCCACACACUCUAUAAUAAAAUAUACGUAUACACACACACACACACACAUUUCAAGGAUGAACAGUCUUGCCAAGUUAACAUGAAUAUGCUUCCGAACAGGGAAGAAUCUUGGACUACCGGAUUUGACCAAUUUGGAUAUCUCAGCUGGACAGCCAAAGAGCGACUGAGUAUCCUCCUACGCUGGGGUCGCUGACCUUUGUUGGGAGGAUCACUACAUUGUAUCAUGUCAAUUAUAUAGUCCCUUUUCCUUUGGUUGUCACUCAAACUUGACUGUUCAGCCGUUGCGUUUGUAGCCGAUUCACAUUAUACGACAGCAUUUCCAAGGCUGACAGAUUGGCUCAUAUAUUUUUGUGUCACCAGACUGCAAUGCUUGAGCGAGAAAGACUUUUGCAAGCGGGACUGCCCACCCCUGCUGUAUAUAUUCAUUACCCUAACCCUGCAUUGUGCUGUGUACAUUUAGGUGUAGCCAGCUGCCCAUGCCAAUGUAAGAUAUAUGCUACCGACUUUUUUUUUUUAAACCAUUAGUCAAAGGCGAAGAUGAUGGUUUGAGUGCUCAGGAGAACUCACUCCAACUAGCUGCCGGGACUUUGCAGCUUUCCAGAAGUUGAUGUUUGCUCUGCACUUUGUGGUUAAGUCAAUGAAUUCACAAGCAAGUCUGAAGGGGCUCGGGUCAUGGAACUGUCCUGGGGGAAAAAAAAGUCUGUGGACUUUAGCUGAGUGCCUCGUUGUCCACGCGCUAUGCAAAUGGCCAGGCAGGCUGCCUCCUUCGGAAACACUGCCUCUCUUGUGGACCUGGAUGUGGUUGAUGGCCUGGGCUCGUAAAUUAAACGCCUUCCGCAGCAAGUGGCUGCUUUCCCCAUCACCCCACCUCUUAGCAAUCUCUUCCCUGCCAAACAGCUGAAAAUCAAAAGCAGGGCUUUCAGAUACAACGUAAGAUGUGAACCAGCAGAACCUCAGCUGGAGGCCUCAGAGGUCUUGCUCAGCCAGGGCCUGCUCUGAGCUUUUUAGGCUGGGGCUUUAAUUAAUGGGGCUAGAGUAGGGGGCUGGACAGACAGCUCUGGAGACAGCUUCCCUUAUGUACGCACAGGUAUAACAUGGGCAGUGCAGGUUUCCCUUGGUACUGCUACACCACUCAGCCUCAACCCUGAUCUCAUGGGGCUCCCAGCCAGGGAGGAGAAGGGAGCUCAGUUUCCAGGCUCCAUUCAAGCCCCGACCUCUCUGCUGCGUGGUGCUGGUUUUAUGAUGUGGACAAAAUACCCACUGGAAACCGUUUAUUCAUUUCACAUAGGCCACCAAGCAGGCAUCAGCUGAAAACAGCUUUGGGUCCCAACUGACUUGCCCUGGAUUUGAGCUAGUGCCUUAGAAGUAAAAGGCAUCAUUGCCCAGUACCAAUCCCCCAGCCCAUUCAGUCCCCUGCUCUUUAAGGCCUGUGUCUUGCGGGGAAUUUAGUAAGGAAUGAAUGACUGUACUGGUAUGUUUAAGAACAAAGGCGGCUACUACUGAGACGCUCUCCUACAGAAAACGCUCUAAGGUAGGGUGACCAGAUGUCCCGAUUUUAUAGGAACAGUCCCGAUUUUGGGGGCUUUUUCUUAUAUAGGCACCUAUUACACCCCACCCUCCAUCCUGAUUUUUUUACACUUGCUGUCUGGUCACCCUACUCUAUGGGAAGCCCAGUAGUUUUGCUGUAGCCAGUACUACGGCGGUGGAAAGAGCUCGUAUCCCACAAUGUGGCAUUAAAAGGCACAACCACCUUCCCUCGCAGUCGUCACAGAUGCUGAACGGGCUCCAGGACAAAGGCACAGGUGGUGUUUCUGACGGGAUGGCAUAGCUCGUCCAUAACGAUAACCUAAUUUCUCCCCCACUUACUCCUUCCCUUGGGAGCAGCCUUUUCUUUCAUGGGUCUUUGGCUGCAGCCUGAUACGUUAGCUGGCAGGAGGAAUCAUGCACGGGACCAUCCGCUUCAAAAGACACGAGUCUCUAGUGCCCACAAGCUGGGCAGCGGCAGGGUUUGUAUCUGCUGUAGCCAUGAUAGGAGCAGCUCCUACGGAGCCGUUCUAACUUUCCACCCAGUAGAGCGAAGUGAUGCUCCAACCACUGAGUGACCCUUAGCUGCUGUUAUCAAGGUCUGGGAAGACCCAGGCCUUCUGGGCGGCACCAGCAGGGCCACACCGGGCCUGGGCGGUCCAGUGGGGAGGAUCCUGCCAGACUUACCUUCCUAGCUGCUUCCCAACAGAUGGAAGAUGUUUCCAAAAUCAAGGUGGCGACACCAUGUGUGUGUUUACCUUAACCGGACAUGGGGACGCAAACUUCUUAAAGAAACCAGCACAACCAAGGCCGAGAUCAUUGUCAGAGUGAGCAGACAAUAGCACCCACCCCCGUGGAACAGUGACCGUGCCCAAGAUGUUCCCAGCCCUGCUCGCUAUGCAUGUGGAUCACAGCUCUGAUGCUUUGCCUAGGCCGCUCCAGCCCCCACCCUCACGCUGGUGAUUCUGUACUUAAAUUCCACCAAUCAAUUCACGUGCUGUGGUACCUGAGCACUUCACAAUCUCUAAUGCAUUUACCCUCCCGACACCCCAUGCUAGCAUCUCCCUUGAAAUGAUGGGAGCAGAGGUGCAGAGAUAUGGGAGGGGGAGUGGCAUCGGGUGUACCAGGAUAGUUAAAGCAGUAGCUUUUCUGUGCGUAGAUAAGCUGGUCACACAGGAAAUCUGUGGCCCAGCAGUGAAGUGAAUCUUGGUCCCCUAAGUCUUCAGGGUAGCACCCCAACCCCUGAACCACCCUCUUUUCAAAAGUAAUUCCAGAUUUUCCAAACUGGCCAGCAUUUUGGGCCAUGAAUGCUUUGAAAGUAUGGCCCCUGCUGUGGGUGAUGGGCAUAGACAAUCUGGUCCUGAUCGCUUAGGAAAAAUCUGUCUCCAUGAGACCAAAUAUACUUGUCAGAUCAGGUACCCCACCAAUUACCCCCACGCCCCCCACCCCACCCACACGCAUUGCUGUGACUGUAGGGGGCCUCAUCUUAUGGGGAGCCUCUUGACCAGCAAGCACCUGCCAGCAUCCUGUUGAAUGCCACAUCUUGAAGACCAUCUAACCAGUGCCCAGUUUCAAACACUCGGCGAGAGGUCAUUUCAAGCACAUAGAGAACAGUUGUGACACUUCAUGCAAAACUGGUGGCGAGUGUCAUCAGAGCAGGGCUGAGGCCCAUUAGCAUGAACCAAGAGUGGAAGUGUAGAAAACCUUUCCCCGGGAAGGAGCUUGGGCGCAGGCAGAAGCGCAUGAGGCAGGGAAAAGAGAUCAUGGGCUUGAGUAAAGCUCUGGCUGCACCGGUUUCAGUUUAACACCGGGUGUCACUAGCACGGCACCAAACAGCCCAGGAUAACCACGCAGGACUGAAACGUCCUAUUUCCCCCAGUGAGAAAAGCCACGGAACAGCGAAUUCCACAUUUCCAGCCCCAGUGUUUGUUUGGUGCAAAAUAAAGAUCUCCAAGCACCGAUGACAGAAGCAGCGCACGAUGGAGGUAGCCUGUCAAAGCCAAGCCGUGCAGCCAUGGAUUGACUGAAGAUAGAACUCCCAUCAUGCGAAACUUUGCUUGGGGGUGGGAAGAGGGAAACUCUUGGAGCUUUUAUUCCCAUGGAAAACGUGGGGCUCUUUCCUGUUGUAUAAGACGAAACCGCAGAGAUAUAAAUGUCACUCCCUUUUUGAGAGCAUUCAUGAAAAUAAACCAGUUUAAUAGUUUGCAGAUGCUGUUUCUCUAAACGUAAAAAAAAAAAGGGGGGGGGGAUAAAUAUUUCUUUGCACAACCUCAAUUAGAAAACAUUUGCUCUUAAUUUUACAGCUAUCUUGGCAGCCUCCUCCAAAAUUGUCAGCUGACGUGAAAGCAUUACCGAGACAAGACACAAAUUGCCCCAGUGGAGUGAUAUCAGGAACUAGGGAUUGUUGUAAUCUAAGCUUGCUCGCUUCCUUUUUAUUUGUACAUUUCAAUUACUUGUAACAGGAUCUAUGGUGGGC